UUUUUAAAAAGCGCACACUUCCGGCGCUGUCAGUGGCAGGAUAGUGACGGCCAUGGAAGGGAAUAGCUGCGAGCUGAAUGGGACUGGGAUCUCGGUUUGUAGAAGGUACGCCGCUCCCGGUGUGUCCAAGUGGGUCCGGCUGAACGUAGGAGGGACGUGCUUCUUGACGACGCGGCAAACCCUGUGUAGAGACGCGAAAUCCUUCCUGUAUCGGCUGUGCCAGGCGGACCCCGACCUGGACUCGGAUAAGGAUGAAACUGGAGCAUAUCUGAUAGACCGAGACCCUACAUACUUCGGUCCAGUAUUGAACUAUCUGAGACACGGAAAACUUGUGAUAAACAGAGACCUAGCAGAAGAAGGUGUUCUGGAAGAAGCCGAAUUCUAUAACAUCACAUCGCUAAUAAAAUUAGUUAAGGACAGAAUACGGGAAAGAGACAGCAAAACAUCACAGGUGCCAGUUAAACACGUUUAUAGAGUGCUUCAGUGUCAAGAGGAAGAACUGACACAAAUGGUUUCAACAAUGUCUGACGGAUGGAAAUUUGAACAGUUGGUCAGUAUUGGUUCCUCCUACAACUACGGAAAUGAAGAUCAGGCAGAAUUUUUGUGUGUUGUGUCAAAAGAGCUACAAAAUACCCAAUAUGGCACAACAAGCGAGCCAAGCGAAAAAGCAAAGAGUGAGGACGAAGAGACGGAUUACGAUAUGAAUGACUCUGAUUAAAUUGUAUUUUACUGAUUCUGCAAGAAAGAGGGUCGAGAAUGUGAAGCAUCUGAAUUUUUUUUUUUAAAACCUUAUUUCAGGCAAAAACAUCGACAAGACGUAAAGAAUUUCCACACGGAAGAGCCAAGCGAGGGGGAGAUCUGCUUUAGCUAACAUAGUAUAGUGGCCGUUUUGGGAACAUGUUCUUGAACGGAUGCUUAAAACCUUAAUAACAGGAAUGGGUUUAAUAUUAGAAAAAAAAAUAGGUUGUACGGGUGCAAAUCUUUGCAUUCUAAUGCUUCUGGUGACUUGUAACAGUAAAGAUUUCUUCGUGUGGGUUUUUUUUUUUUUUUUUUUCUUUUGCAAAGUUGUAUAAACCUUGGGCAGACCCACAUGAACUGUCUUUGCGAUAUAUCAAAAGUGUAUAAAUAGAUGGCAAACUGACAGGCUUUACAGUUGUUGUACGGCCCAUAACACCCAUAUUAGAGACACUAACCAGGCCACUCUGUGGUCCAGCUACUGGCAUAAUGAGGUUUUUAUUUUUUUGCUUAUUAAAGCAUUACGGACUAUAAGGCAGAUGGAAGUAACUAAGCCAUGUCAAUGUUUGCAUAUUCUAACAAGGCCUCUCAUUUUAUUAAGUUAAGAGAAAACAUGCCCAACAUAUUCUGCACUUGUCUAUUGCUGCAAAAAAAAAAUGUUUUUAUAUAGCGAGAACCGCCUUUCUCGAAUGCAAAUAUGCUGCAGUUGAACGCAAGUGGCAUUUUUCUCUGUUUUGUUUUUUUAAUAUUUCUUCCAUAAACUGACUCUCUUUUUCUGUGUGAGUGAGAGAUGUAACUUUUCUGCCAGUAGAGUAAUGAUGACUUUUGGUCGUGGGAGGUGGGAUAGAAAGUAAUAAUUAUCAGAAGUCUUUGUUUCCCACCCCCCAUACAUAUUAACUUUUAUAUUUGCUCAAGUAUUUACUGAGGCAGCUGUGAGUACAGCAUACACUCCCAACUAAUGUUUUGUAUGAAUUUCAAACAAUGCAGUGACUAGGGAUGGGCGAAUUUGACCAGUUUCGACAAAAAUUCACCGCCGGCUUAAUGUCGCUGACGCCCAUUAAAGUCUAUGAGCGUUUUCUUUUGACGCACAACGCCAUACAAGUCUAUGGCCAUCAUUUCCGCAGCGAAACAAGGCAAAGAAAUUCGCCCAUCCCUAGCAGUGACCUUUAUACCUGCAGAACAAAUGCUGCCCCCCACGUGUUGUGGGAAUUUUCCUGUUUGUUGUGAGACAUCAUUUGGGGAAUAUGUACCCCAGUAAAACAAAUUAUUUUAACUGUACAGUAAUUUUAUAUUAAAGGAACAGUUUUGUGCAUA